GAUAGUUCACCUAUGGUAAAAAUUGCCAAACCCUUAUCCUUGUCUGAUGUUAUCUGCAUCUAUGCAAUUAUUCGCUUAUUGCCACAAGAUUUGCGAUUAGUGUGGUUUGUCGGGUUUAAUACCACCUUUUCGAAAACUUUCGACAUUAGGAGUAACAUGAAAUUAACAAAAAGCGGAGGACAAAGCACGAGCUUAAAGGGCGAUAAGGGAGAUUGA